CGCCCGAUCGAAGAAAUACGCAGGCGCCUUCUACACGCGCCAAAUCCUUCAACUCAAACACCGCCCAGAACAUAGUACUACGCAGGCGCUAACUAGUUCCUUUGCCAACUGCCCACCCCCUUCUAUGCAGCCGUGGAGACACACCCCUAGGGCUAAUGCGCAAGUGCCGUUUUCCCUCCAACUCGCUGUCGGCUGUCUCCCUACGCAUGCCCAGGCGGCGGCGGGAGACCACGGAAUUUACCGCCGGAAGUUCAGCGUACACCACCAAAGAGUGCGAGUUCGACUCGCGGGCUAGAGGGGCUCGUUUCCGUCCCGCUUCGGGGUGGUCGGCGGCCAUCUUAGUUGCGCGCAAUUAAGGGCUGUGGCGGGAUUGGCUCCGCUUGUGGGUUCGUCGGUGGCUCCCCACCUACCAGCGCCGGAUUCGGAGCCCUUCCCCGCGGGGCGGGACCUCCUAACGGCUGACUCCUUUCCAGGUGAAGGGUAAUAUAACCCGGGCCAAACCCAUUGGGAAAAUACUUCUGCGUCGUCCGGAAUAAGGGAGACUGUCCUAAGGCCGCCUUGCUCGGGCGCGGAAGAAGGGGGCGUGCCUUAGGACCGCUCCUGCGGCUGAGCUGGGCGGUGCGGGAAAGCGGGCAGCGCGUGAGGCUCAGCCGCUUCCGAGCUAGGCGUUCUCUUUUUUGCCUCAAGAGUUUUGUAUUACUUCCUAGAAGUUGAAUGAACUCAGAUUCAACGACGAACGGUGGGACAAAAAAUUAAUAAGUGGGUGGUCAGGGCAAUCUGAAUAUGAUACAUUAAGGCUGCCUAAGCAUUUUUACUUCCUUUUCCCUUCUCAUAGCUGAAGACAGACUCAAAUUCUGGAAAUAACGACCUAAUAUCAUGGCCGGCAGCCCUAAUGAAGAUCCAGAAGGAAGCAGAAUCACUUAUGUGAGAGGAGACCUUUUUGCAUGCCCCAAAACAGACUCUUUAGCCCACUGUAUCAGUGAGGAUUGUCGAAUGGGCGCUGGGAUAGCUGUCCUCUUCAAGAAGAAAUUUGGAGGGGUGCAGGAACUGUUAAGUCAACAAAAGAAAUCUGGAGAAGUGGCUGUUCUGAAGAGAGAUGGACGGUAUAUAUAUUACUUGAUUACAAAGAAAAGGGCUUCACACAAGCCAAUUUACGAAAACUUAAAGAAGAGUUUAGAGGCCAUGAAGUCCCAUUGUCUGAAGAAUGGAGUUACUGACCUCUCCAUGCCCAGGAUUGGAUGUGGUCUCGAUCGUCUGCAAUGGGAAAACGUAUCCGCAAUGAUUGAGGAGGUGUUUGAGACAACAGACAUCAGAAUUACUGUGUACAUUCUCUGAACAGAUGAGCAUGUUGGAUGUGUUCACAUUCUCCUGUGUCAUCCCUCUUGGGCCUUAGAACUGAGCAAACUGACCUUAAAAUGGUCAGAGGAAAGCUUCAUAUGCGGUAGUAUGUGGCACAGUCUUGGACUUGGGUUGCUAUAUUCUCAUGAGUGGACUGGGUGUCUGGAGGAGGGAUUGUUUGGAAAAUGUUGCUGUGAUUUUUUUUCUUUUUUUUUUUUUAAAGGAAUGUAUGGAGUAGAUGGCCUGAUACCAGGCAAGGAAACCGCAUGUUAGACCUAUGACCCGUGUUUUGCUCCAGGAUAUUACCUGAUUUGUUUGGCUUGCCACUAGGUGGCAGCAUUGAUUCUACUUCUCUGCUGUUCAAGAGAAAUUUGAGGAAGGAUGAACAUUGCAAUUUAUUUUGCAUCUUUUGUUAUUUGUGCACUUGCUUGGUAUUUUUCUUAUAUCAUCAGAUUCAUCCUAGUUGAGAAUUACAGGUUUCGUUUUGUUUAAAUUAGAAAAAAAAGUUUUCUGUUAACAAGGAAUUUGUGAUGACAAAAAUAGAAAAAUAAAUACUUUUUUUGUGGUCCAUUGAG